GCGCCGAGUGAGCCGAUGGAAGUGAAGCAACGGUCAGUGAAUUCCACAGCUGCAAUUGUGGAAUGGAAACUACCGAAGCCAAACGAGAACCUAGGAUUCAUCGUGGGCUAUCAGAUAUACAUCCAGGAGGAACGUGUCGGCGAUGCGCCCCCUGAGAUGUCAUAUUCCUACAGUGUUACAGACGGAUCUGCGCUUACUUACAUUGUCACGGACCUUCAGCCAGAUUCGACCUAUAAGGUACAGGUGGCAGCUCUGACACGAGCGGGUGAAGGGGCACGAAGCAGUGCCAAUAUUGUGAAGACUUCUGGAGAAGUUCCUUCAAGACCCUCGCUGCAGAUGAGACUGGCAACAGAGGAAUCUCCUAAAGCGGUGAUUAAGGCAACAUGGUCCAAUCCCAACCAGACAUUCGGAAAAAUUCUGGGGUGGCGCUUGCGUUAUGAAAAGUGGUCUAAUUAUUGCGCGACCCUUCUCGACAAUGACGUGGAAAAACUCGAUAUGGAAGAAAUCAUACUGGAUGGACUAGAUCAGAAUGAGUAUACCAUACAAGACCUUGAGAAAGGAUUCAGGUAUGAGUUCCGAUUGGCUGCUCGCAAUGACAUUGGGUAUGGUCAAGAGGGUUUCGCUAAUAUCACAACACCUGAGGGACCACCUACUGGCCCCCCUGCAAACAUCUCCUUCCACUUCCUCACCUUAAACAUCGUUGUAGUCACCUGGGAUGUACCAGAGGCUUCCUAUUGCAAUGGACGUAUCAUCAACUACAAUUUUCAGCUCCGUAAGAGUUUGGAAGACUCCCUCAUCUUUGAAAGGAAUAUCUCAACACCAAAGUUGCUUCUUAAGGAUUUGGAAGUCAAUACUACGCACUACUUCCGGAUCAGUGCCUACACCAUAGCAGGAGCUGGCCCCUUCUCAGAGAAGAUGAACCUAACAACCCUUCCUGAUAUUAUUCGUGGUCCUAGUAAUGUUCGCGCUAUGGCGAUUACAAAUAAUUCUUUACAUGUCUGGUGGGAGGAAGUUUUGCAAGUCAACGUUUCUGGAUAUAGGAUAUACUAUACAAUGAAUGAAACAAUGGAUCUGGACCUGUGGAUGCAAAAAGAUGCCCCGAGGACCUGGUCAGCCGAGCUGGAAAAUCUUAAGCAUUCCGUUAACUACUCUAUCCGUGUGGCUGCUCGAACCAAAGAAGGAGACUUGGGAAAGCUGUCAAAGAUGAUCCAGGUGAAGGUGAAACUAGAAUAUGUCCCAACAAUAACGCGAGUAAAGAUCGAAUAUAGAUCAGAGUUUAUAUGGGAAAGCCCACCGGCUUUCAAGCCACAACAUUACCAGGUUUCUAUCGAUGCAGUAAAAGAGUUUGUGGACAGCAAUGGAUUCACAAAGAGAGAACUGCUACCAGCUACAUGUGACACUUUUGAAAGAACCGAAGCAACAUUUCACUCCCUCAAGAGCUUCACAACAUAUAGGUUGAAUGUGACUGCAAUAUCACUCGACGCCACCUAUCGUCCUCCCGCUAGUAUAUACUUCACCACGGAUGAGACAGUGCCUCCAGAGAUGGAAGCACCACGCCUGUACGGAGUGACAAACUCAUCGACAAUUAUGGUAGUUUUGCCCCGAGCAUCAGAGAUAUAUGGGCCCAUAACAUGGUACUUAUUGGUGGUGUUGCCGGAGAGCCAGAAGACUAAUUAUUCCAAGCCAAGUGAGGACUAUAGUUUCUCAAACGAUGUUAUUGGAAGGAACAUUAUGGUGAAAUUCUCCGACAGGUAUCGGCAUUUGAGUAGCCCCUCCGUUGACCCCCUUCCGGAAGAUCAACCUUACAUUGCGGCCAAAUUUCUCGGGCAAGACAUCCCUUAUAUCUUUAACUUGGGAGACGGUGAAACGUAUUAUGGCUACCUCAACAAGCAGUUGCGGUGGGGAAAACGUUAUAGGAUCUUUGUUCGAGCCCAUGUCGACAAGAUCACAAAGGUG